UUCACUUCCGAUGUUCCUGAUUCGGUUUGUGUACAUUUCGACCUAACCUACAAGAGCUGUGGUUUUGCUUCACAAAUUACUUUAAAGCUGUAAAUUUCAAGAUUGUACACAUAAAAAGCUAGUGCUGCAAGAUGUCGGAGCGUAAGGUUUUGAAUAAAUAUUAUCCGCCGGAUUUCGAUCCGUCGAAGAUCCCGCGCAUGAAACUGGCGAGAAAUCGCCAGUACACCGUGCGAUUGAUGGCACCGUUUAAUAUGCGAUGCAAAACAUGCGGUGAAUAUAUCUACAAGGGCAAGAAAUUUAAUGCGCGUAAGGAGGACGUGGAGGGCGAUGAUUACCUGGGUAUACGCAUUUACAGGUUUUAUAUUAAGUGCACUCGUUGCCUGCAAGAGAUAUCCUUUAAGACAGAUCCGAAGAAUACAGAUUAUGAGAUCGAGGCAGGUGCCACAAGAAACUUUAUGGCAUUGAAACUAGCUGAGGAACAGGCACAAAGGGAAGAGGAUGAGGAGAAAGAGGAAGAAGCUACCAACCCAAUGAAGCUUCUGGAAAAGAGAACACUCCAAUCUAAGCAAGAACUGGAGCUAUUGGAAUCUUUAGAAGAAUUGAAGGAUUUAAAUCGGAGGCAGCAAACUAUAGAUUAUGAUCAAAUGUUGGAACAGUACGACACUGAAGCUGCUAAGCAGAGAACAGAAAAGGAACAAGAGGAAUUGGAUGAGCAGUAUAUUAAAUCUGUAUUUGGCAAAAGACAAUUAACUGGAACUGUUAUGGAAGAAGAAAUCGAAGAAUUGGAAGAAGAAGAAGAAGGAGAAAGUGUUCAACCUCCUAUUAAAAUACUUAAAACAAACGAAGCAAAUGGCAAAGAAACAGAAAAUUUUGGACAGUCUUCAAAACUUGCUAAAGCAUCAUUGUGGUCAGAAAAAAUGGGAGUGUCAUCUGGUAAAAAGAAUUCAUCUAUUUUAAUUAAGAAAAGUAAUAUUGGAAUAAAGAUAAAUGCUAAGUCAUCACAAAGUAAAACAUCUAAGAUCGAAAAUACUGUUUUUACCGAUAAGGAAACAAUUCUACAGUUAGACAAAACACUCAACACUUCAACGAGUACAUCGAAUACAGUAAAUAUAGACACGAACUCUGAUAAUGUUGGCAAUAUUCUCCCAUUACGGUCUCUCGUAGGUGCCUAUUCGGAUAGCAGCGAUAAUGAUAGCGAUUAAUAGCAGAAAUAAAUAAAUAUAUUUUUCAUGUAUAUAUUUUCAUUCAAUAGAAUAUAAAUAUUGUUAUACAAAUUAAACGGGUCUACAAAAACGUAUUUGUAUAAACACGUUAUUUGCUUUAAAAUAUGUAAUAUAUGUAUCGUGUAAAAUUUUAAAUUUAUAUAUCAUUUUACGAAUGUACAUGCAAAUUAGAUAUUAAACAUGUACAUGUAAAUAAUUUCUUGUAAAAUCCAAUAGUGAUCGCAGGUUGAUAUUUAGAGGCUGUGCCGACGGUUACAGAGUUUCUUACAGGAUGCCGAAGGUUUUACUCCUAAAACAUAAAAGAAUAAGUUAUCAGAAAUAUAGAAAAAUUGAUAUUCGAUCUGUUUGCAAGGCUAGGCACUCUGUAAGAAAUUCUGUCGUCAUAUUACAUCCAUAUAAAAUAGCAGGGAGUACCUAGCCUAUCAAAACAGGCCAUAAUUAACACAUUUGAGACGAAAAAAGAACUUUAAAAAAAUUUUUUUAAUGAUAUGGCAAUGAAAAAUGUAUACAAAUGAAAAUUCAUAUAAAUUGGUCGGUCUCGAGUGUGUCAAUAAUGUCCAUUAUAUCUGUAAUGACAACGAUUAAUUCACUAAAAUGGAUAUUUGUAAAUACUAAUGUUAUUAUAAUUUAUAGAAAUAAUUAAUAAAAUAAUCGAUUGUUAACAUAAAAACGAUUAUAAAAUUUUGAAAAAUUCGAUGACAUAUUAUUAAUAUGUUCGAAACAUAUUAUUAAUAUAGAACUUCAAAAUGAUAUAAUUAUCAUUUGAUUUUUCAAGGAUACUUUUGAAUUAGAUCGAUAUAACUGUCGCCCAGAAUGAAAUGAUUAUACAUAAUUAUAAUAUAUGAUAAGAUACAUUGUAAUGCAUAUACUGUACGUGAGAAAUAAUAGCAUUAUGUCGUA